GUUUGGUUAUCACAUAUUGAUAUUUGCAUAUAAACGUCGUGCGACUUUCCCAAACAUAUAGACCAGCAAACAAUGGACAAAAACCUGUUUGAAGCAUCCUUAACAGGAAAUGUACAACUCCUUAAUGCAUUGCUCCAGGAAGACGAGCUCGUUCUUGAUAGAAUUCCACUUAGCUGCUUCAACGAAACACCCUUGCAUAUUGCAGCCUCGAGAGGCCACCUCAAUUUCGUGAAGAUUCUUGUGCAUAAAAAGCCGACACUUGCAUUAUCUCUUGAUUCGCAAAGAAGAACGGCCCUCCACUUGGCAUCUGCUGAGGGCCACGUGGAGAUUGUUCGUGAACUCUUGAACGUCAUAAGUCCUGAUGGAUGGCGUUUCCAAGACCAAGAUGGAUCAACACCGCUGCACUUGGCUGUCAUGAACGAACAAUUAGAGGUGAUAAAAGUACUCAUUCAAGCAAAACCUGAUCUUGGUAGAGAGCUACAUGAAAAUGGGGACACCAUUUUACAUACCUGUAUCUCCUGUAAUCGUUUUGAGGCCAUGAAGUUUUUGUCUCAAUUAUGGAAUGAUGAAGAGCUGGCCACACAAACAGAUCGCAACGGAAAUACUCUCCUUCACCUCGCUGUGAUUCAAAAACAGAUUCAGACCGUUAAAUAUCUUCUUCAGAAAUCAAGCAUUAGAGCAACUGGAAUCAUUGUUAAUGGACAUGGGUUCACAGCAUUGGAUGUUCUUGAUCAUUGUCCACAAGAUAUCAGGGCACUACAAAUCCGUAGUUUACUUAUGGAAGCGAACUUUCAGAGAGCUAAAGACAAUAGCCAUCACUUUGGACCAUUUCAAAGCACAACAGAAUCAAAAUCCUCACACACUGUUACCAAUCUUGAGAACAAGCCAAAAGGAUGGAUGUCAGACUGGUUGGAGAAACAACGUGGGAUUCUGAUGCUGGCAGCAAUAGUAAUGGCAGCAACAUCAUUCAAUUUGGGGCUACACCCUCGAGGAGGAACGUUUACUGGUUCUAAUGAUGGACCUUUGGGAAACGCAGUUCAAACGAAAGAAGAAAUGGGACAUUUCAACUCCUUCUUGAUACAAAAUACGAUAAUUAUGGUUUUUUCUCUAAUGAUUUCUCUCUUGUUCCUAAGUGGAAUCCCUCUCGGGAACAGGUUCUGCUUAUGGGUGCUCAACCUAGCAACUCUUUGCAUCGUGUUUCUUACCAUAGUUACGUAUUUAACGGAGAUAGCGUCGAUGUCUCCUGAUACCUGGGUGAAUUCUACAACUCUUUUCAUGUGUUUGGCAUGGAUGUCGUUGUGCUUGUUGUUUGGCUUCAUCCACACUUUUUUCUUCGUAAUAUGGGUGAUAAAGAAACUCUUGACAGCUAGAUCAAAGACCAGGAAAAACGACUCUAUUGUUGUAUGAUAAUCUGUAAU